CUCGGGGUUGAAAAAUAUUUUCCCAUGCCCUUAAAAUAUCUCUACUUCAUCUCAGGGAGUCUAAAAGCCACUCAACUCCCUUUUCGCAGUCCGCAGUCCACAGCCACAGUCGAGCUCUUUCUUGACGCACGCCGAAGCCGUGGUUUUGCGGAAUCUCUGAGCCCGGUCGAGAGUUGUUUUGCCAAACAAAACAGCAGGCAAAAAAGGAAGCCCACGGUUAGGGUGGUGGGGUGGGUGGUUGGUGUGUUUAGCCCGUAGAGUGGAUAUUGAUGUAUCAUUAGCUAGUUAGCGUUUAGCUUAACCUAGCGGGCAAUUGUGACUCCGUCUUCCCAUCCGCCAUCCCAUCCGUCAUCCACGUCGCCCGUCGCAUCGUCCGCAGCCUGCUUAUCAACCAUCCAACAGACCAACAGACCAACAGACGCUGCUAAGCCUUUCGUUGUCCGCGCCCUGGAGCACAGUCACCAGCAUCCUGAUCCCAUUGAUCGUGCAGACCGUCCUUUGGUUUCUGAAGCUUACAGCGUACGGAGUAGUUUGUUCUGAUAUCUCUUCUUGUCUGCGGCGUGGGUUACCCAUUUCAGCCACAUCCGCCUUCCGCCCGCCCCUCCUCUUUAUCUUUUUUAUUUUAUUUUAUAUUUAUUUUAUAUUUUAUAUUUUAUAUUUUUUUUGGGCAAACAAAACCCGUCACGAUCCACCCCGUCCAAUUCGAGGCUAUCCGCACCACCAUCAUCAUCAUCAAUUCUCCCGGGAGCAUCAGUCGAGGGGUAGGUAAUGUGUCUCGAGGCGUCCUGUUGCUUUUCCCACACUCUUCACGACCAUGGCUUCCGAGUCCUCCCAGCACGAAGACUCUCCACCUACGGGUAGAGACAAUCAACCCCCUCCCCAUCAUCAACAUCACCAUCACCCUCAGCAGCACCAGCACCCAAUCCAUUCCGCGAUGGCGACGAAUUCGAGUUCCCGACCGUCAUCACAGCAUGGCCAGCAGGCCGUCCGUUUCGCCUCUGUAAACCAAGAAAUCGAGCCUGCCAUCUCUGCCCAAGAAAGCAACGAGCCUUCUAAUACUCUCCAACCCCCGAACGACGAGAUACAGUCUCUUUCCAUACAGCUUCAGAAGUCCAGGCUACAGGAGGCCCGGUUGCAAAAUUUCUCUUUUGAUCCUGUUUCCCUCCCCGCCUCAAGGGUUCCUUCAAAAGAUUCGGGUAGUAUUCGGAGCUUUCGGGAUCAUAGUAGAUCUGUCCCGAUCUCCCCUACUAUAUCAGGGGCUCAGUCCCCGGUACUUACCCCUACCGGCUCUGGAAGCCGUGAGGGAAAACAGGGAGACCAAACUGACUAUAGAGAUGGGAUCGGGACGUCGGAACAGUCCGAGUUCACUCCACAGACAUCGCUAUCAAAUGACGUACCCGGAAAAGGAUACGACUCUAUUGGGGCUGGGUCCCGCCCUUCACCUUCCUCUGAACCUUCAUCGACUAAGUACGCAGAUGCUUCCGCUGCGGAUGACGCUAGACAAUCUCGCACUCGCAAACCAAAAUUUUACCUAGCCCAGUCUUCCGAACCUGAGUCCCGCGAGCCGAGCCCUCCCCCAACCCAGAAGUGUGAACCGGGCUGGAGUACGCCUGUCUCAGGGGCAACUACUCCCGGUGGAGAUCACAAUGACCCUUACUCUCGAACCCGGAGACCCCCUCAGCCUAAGAGCCUCUCUCAGAUUGAUCCUCGCUUUGUUUUUGCAAGUGUAGAUGCCAAGCGCCGAGCGAACCAGUCGCGGUCUCCUGCGCGCAUUCCUCGAUCAGCUAGCGGAGGCGACCUUAAAGCCUAUGAAAAACGGGGUAGCUUCUUCCCUGGAAGAAAGGAUAGCCGACUCGGUGAUUCUGGCGGGCCACACGAUGGCAAAAGUUCCGGAUCUAUGUCGGAGCUGAAACGCUUUUUCCGGAUGGGCAAUAAACAUAAGCGUAGCGGUUCACCCGCGUCCAGCUUCUCGAAGAAGGAUUCCCCGAAAUCCGCGAAACAUCCUCAGUUCCAACCGGCCCCUGUAUCUAUACCGUUUGCAGAUGAUCAUGGUCUUCAGUCAAAAUAUGGCAAGUUAGGUAGAGUGCUAGGAUCCGGCGCAGGAGGCUCAGUUCGGUUGCUGAAGCGUAAUUCGGAUGGUGUCACUUUUGCUGUGAAGCAAUUCCGAGAUCGCCAUUCAUGGGAGAAUGAAAAGGAUUACUCCAAAAAAGUGACGGCAGAGUUCUGUAUCGGAUCAACAUUGCAUCACGGCAACAUAAUUGAGACAAUGGAUAUCAUCAACGAGGGUGGGCGGUGGUACGAAGUCAUGGAGUUUGCCCCCUACGAUCUUUUCGCGAUUGUCAUGACCGGAAGAAUGACGAGAGAAGAAAUCGCCUGUUCGUUUUUGCAAAUUCUCAGCGGUGUUGUUUAUCUGCAUGGGAUGGGUCUGGCGCAUAGAGACUUGAAAUUGGACAAUGUUGUUGUCAGCGAUCGAGGGAUCAUGAAACUGAUUGAUUUUGGAAGUGCCGUUGUUUUCAGAUAUCCUUUUGAGAACGACAUUGUGCUCGCAACUGGAGUUGUCGGUUCCGAUCCGUAUUUGGCACCUGAAGUUUACGAUGAGAAGCGCUACGACCCCCGUCCAACCGAUAUAUGGUCGUUAGCGAUAAUUUUCUGCUGCAUGUCCCUACGUCGAUUUCCAUGGAAACAACCACGCAUGACCGACAAUUCUUUCAAGCUCUUUGCCUCGCCCCCUAGCCAUCAGCGUUCUGAAUCUGAGACGAUCGGCCUUCUAAAAACUCGUCCACGUUCAACGCCGGAUCUCCCAAGCGUGAUUGAUGCAUCCAAGAGACAACCCCCUCGCGCCAAUGAGAGAAAUGAAGAUGCUCGUUCGUCAAGUCGCCAUCGCAAUCACUCUCGGUCUAGGUCAAGGUCUCGACUAUCCUCUAACGUCACAAAUGCCGCCGACCAGAACACCAAGAGCGAUGAAAGCCAACCGAAAAGUGAGAUUCCUCCAUCGCAAUCAUCUUCCCAAGUAGGCCAGGCAGGUCAGCGCCCAGAAGUUAUAAAAGGCCCCUGGCGUCUCCUGCGUAUUCUGCCCCGGGAAACACGACCCCUGAUCGCCCACAUGCUCAAGCUGAAUCCUCGGGAGCGUGCAACGCUACAAGAUGUGCUGGCCGAUUCGUGGGUCCGAAGCUGUCAGGUUUGUUAUCAGAAAGAAUGCGGCACUGUGGUUCAUGCGGCGAACCACACGCAUGUCUUGGAACCACCAUCCGCAGCUCCACCUCCAGCCAACGAUAAUAAUAAAAAGGUCAAGCCGUGAGGCUCUUCGACUGUUAAAUUAAUGAGUCUAUUUUUUUUAUAUUUUCCCUCCCCAUCCCCAUAUGGAUGGCCGGGGUGUGUAUAUAAAUUGUUUUACCCCGAUGAUGCUAUGUUAACGGUGCCAUUCCCAAUUCUCUCGAAGCCAUUGCCCCACUACGAAAGAUAACUUAAAACUCGACCCUCCCUCGAAUAUCUAGCGGCACUCCCGCCUUCCUUCACAAAACCCUCGAAGCCGGGGCAAAGGCAUAACGAAAAAAAAAAAUUCCAUACGUGUGUGCUUUAAAUUUUUCCAACUAGCCCUUUUUAUAGUUGUUGUUUUCUUAAUUUUUUCUUUUCUUCAGAUGACGAUUAUAUUAUUUCGCUUCCGCCUUUUUUCCACCCCUUUCUUUCUCUUCCUCAAUUGCUUUCCACAAUACAAUAAUCUAUAUGUCUCUUGUGUAUCUGGCUGAUUGACCCAGUGAUUAAGCUGGGAAAAUGAACAUUAUUAAACAAGUAUGAGGCUGGGUGGUAUCACUAAUAUUUCAAAAAGGAAAUAGCCAGAAAAUGUCAUGACAUGACAUGAUGAUAUCAGAGUUGAUGAUUCAAUUGCAUGAAUUGCAUGAGUGUUUUUUUUUCCCUUUCAAAGAAAUGAAUGAAUUCACUUUUAUUUCUUUAUCUGUAUUGUCAUUAAUGCAUACUUUGCAUUCGUUAUUAUUAUUAUUCUUCCAUUAUACUCAUAUGCAAGCGGAGCUUAUGAUGAGUCCUUGUACAGUACAAUGAUAAAUACAGGCCAAGAGUUGGUUAUGCAGGAGGAAAUACUCUGUAAAGGUGUUGAAACCAAACCAAGAUAACAUGAAAUAUAGGAAAUACAGAGAGUGACAAUUUUCGAGACUCGCGAGUACAUGAUCCCAGCCCAGAAUUGAAAGCAAAUUUAUUUAUUUAGUACACCUCUUUAUUCAUUAAGAACCUGAGAUGCUUGAGUUCUGGUUUUUCAAUCUUGACCUGAUCGGAUUUUGAUGUAUCACCCCUGUGGGAAUCGAACCCGAAUACCCAUUUGACCCAAAUGUCACUAUAGAGGUAGGCUGCCUUAAUACUGGUCUAAUCUCAGAUCACGUUCCGAUCCCAUUUCUCAUUCCUAUCAACGAUGUUGUUGGUUUUGAAUGGAAUUUGUUCAUCGUUUGGUCCUAUGAAAAGAGCUGGGAUACAGCACCUCUUUCAUUGUGGUUAAUACAACUUCAGAGUGCUUUGCAAAAUUCGCUCCAUGAUCCAACACUCUGCCAUUUAUUCCCCACCCAGUUAUCAAGCUACUAUGGUACUUAAAUCUGUCACAGAACACUCAGCCUACACAUCCAAAAGAACUACCAAAUACGCGAACUCUCUCUAGGCAUAUACCUCACUCAGUCUUGUACUAGCAAAGCCUGGAAAAGAUAUUACCGCACACGUUUCACACCUGUUCCUAACUAAAUCAGUCACUGCUUUCCUCUCACAGUGAGCUCCUUGAAGGGCUCUGGAGAACAGAAAAUUCAUUUCAGAAUAUCAAAGACCACCUUCUUGUCAUAAUUGUCCUUGCCAAAGUUGUAUAUAGCCCUCAGUGUCAAGAUGAGCAUUGAGUACAUUUCAGAUGAAUUGCAGGUUGCUUGAACUAUUCAUACUUUCCCAUAAAUAAAUGUCAAGAGAGAAGUUAAACAUACUGCUAAAGAAACCAUUCUUGUAUCUGAGCUUGGAAUUAUAUCAGUCCUCCUCAGGGAGUCACAUCAUCUCAUUCAUCUAACAGUAAAAGAUUGAAGUGAUUCAGUAGUUCACUUUGCAGAAGAUAAUCUUUGCAGUUUUCUUACAGUUUUGUGUCAAAUGUGUUUGAGUGAUUCUGAAUCAUGCAGUUUUAGUGAUUAUGACAAAGAUGAAAAAUUUGUUUUUUCUUGAUAAUAAAGUGAG